AAGAUACGAACCGACACAGCACGGCUUAUCCACAGCUACGGCAACGUUCACACUGCAAGCCUUCAUUCUCAAUUCCGAUUUAUUUAUCAGAUUCGAUUUUUUGGCGGUUUGUUCACAUUAUCAUUUCAAAUGUGGCCAAUAUCCGAUCCGUGUGAACUGGUUGCGGUCCUGAACCGCCCCGCAUGCGCAAUAGAACAACAACAAAUGCCUCGUAUGUAGGACGCUCUCACACCUGUUAAAUGGAGGUCAGUGAAGUUUUCAAGCAUUCUAUUUCAUAAAGUCAUGUUCUGUGGAACCCAGCGAAUGUGUGAGCAGAUACCAACAUGCUGCAGAAAUCCAACAGCCAAUACGAUUCCUUCCUGUACUGGAGGCAGCCAAUCCCAGCCCUCGACAUGUCCGAGCUGGAGGACCUGGGCCUGAAGGACAGCAAGCCGGCCAAUAGCAACCAAGCUGGGAAGAACAAGAAGGAGAAAAAGUCCUCCAAGAUGGCCAAUCAGAGGAAACAGAAAGAGGAGGAGCUCCCAGAGUACACCACCUUCAACUACUGGAGAGAGCCCAUCGCUAGCAUCGACACUCUGGACUUUAACCUACUACUGUGAUGUUCCAUCUCUCAUCCCUACAUUUCCAUCCUCUGUCCCUCUCACCCUCUGUCCCUCUUUCCCACUGUCCCUCCCAUCACUGGCCUUGUCUACAUAAACCAUGCCUUCGGUCGA